AUGUCAUCGAAUGUCAGUCUACUAACAGAUAGAACUAUGAGUAGUUUAUGGAAGAAUGACACGAUAGAAUACAAUGAAAAAUCACCGGAUUCGUUUGUCUGGAGUAGUCUGAGCUUAGUAAUAAUAAUUAUAGCAACAGUAUGCGGAAACAGCCUUGUUUGUAUCGCUGUUAUCCGAGAACGUCAAUUAAGGAAUAUUACUAAUUAUUUUUUAACGUCGUUAGCAUUUACCGAUUGUCUAGUAGCGUGUCUUGUUAUGCCAUUGGCAGUUACAGUUGAACUCAUAGGACAUUUUCCAUUUGAUUCAUUUGCCUGUAAUCUAUGGUUAACAUUUGAUGUUUGCUGUAGCACAUCAUCCAUUUGGCACAUGAGUGUAAUGUCAUUAGAUCGUUAUCUUACACUACGAUAUCCCCUAAAAUAUGGAAGAAAUAAACGACGAAGUUUGAUGGCAUAUAAAAUUAUCACAAUUUGGUUGAUUAGUUUUGCUAUUUGUUUACCAUUAUUUAUAUUAGGUCAAAUUGAUUCAACAAAUGUUUUUGAUAGAGAGAAUCGUGCAUGUUUUCCACAGCAUCGUACAUUUAAAAUUUACGGAAGUAUUGUUGCUUUUUUUAUACCGUUAAUAAUUAUGAUUGUAACAUACGCAUUAACCAUGAGUGCUUUACACCAAGCCGUUAGCACAAAGAAAAAACGUUUAAAAGGACGUAAUAAAAUGGCAUUAGUAUUAAAUUUAGCCACAAUGGCUGUUAGAUGGCGACGAGCAGUUAAUACACCAGCUGAUGUGCUCAAAAAUGAAGAAGUAGUUAAUAGUAAGAAUAACGAUUGUUCUGAAAAUCUUCCGCCUGUAGUCACAGAGCCAACAACUCAUUUAACUCCCAAACGUCGUGCCUAUUCAUUACUUUCAAAUGAACACUAUGAUAAGCAAUAUGAAACGAAUAGCAGUCUUUCAACAUCAAUUAAUCAUUUAAAUAAAAAAUUUAUUUCAACACAUCAAUGGCAAAAAUUAUUGGAACGUCAUCAUAAUCCAAGAAUGUCGGCUCCAAAUAAAGUACCUGUUUCCAAUUGUAAUAACAAACCUCUUCUAGAUAAAACAAAUAAAAACCAAAAACAACUACUUGACGUAUCAUCAUCUUAUCUGCAACAAAAAGCUGAGGGAAAACGAUCACAUUCGUGUACGCAAUAUUCAUUGAACGAUGAUUUUAGACAAAAGAAACGGCGAAGUUCAUCAACUCACACUCUAUUACAAAUCAGAAGAGAUUCUCAAAAAAUAGGUGAAGAAUUAGAAAAAUUAAGUCAAAGAGUGUCUUCAUUAGCAAUGAUAAAUCCAAUAGCUAAAGCAUUGAUACCCCAGUCAACAAAUGAAACACAUUCAUUUUUAAAUAACAAAAAAUCAAUGUCCACCAUGGAUACAAUAGUGCGAAAUAGCAACUUAAAUUUAUUAUCUGAACACCACCGAUAUCAUGCUGUGAAUCUGCAAGGUGCAAGUACGUUUACUGUAAACAUUCCGUUCACUCAUUCAAUGCAAACUCCAUCAAUUAAUCCUGUUCAAAUCACACCAGAAAAUGGUUCUAGAACUAUUACCAUACCACAAUCAUCACCAACUAUUCCAAAUGUUCUCAUUACUCACGAAAUGGACAAUCAAAAUAGUCCGAUAAAACGUCGUUUAUCUUCACCAUCGAAAAACAUUCAACAAUCAAAUGUAAAAAUGGCAUGUCGAAAAUUACGUUAUUGGAUAACUGUAACUUCUGAUGGUGAUCGCCCAUUUUAUUCCGCAAACAAUCUGACUGAACAUACACCGAUUAUUAAUAAAAAAGAUCCUCGGCAAUCGUUUACACAUCUAUCAUCCGCAUGUCUACGAUUAUUACCAAAUAUCGAACAAUUUUGUGGUAAAACAACAAUCGUACCAGAAAAUUCGUCUACAGUUCGCCAACAACUACUUGUAGAUAAUGCUGUAUCGUCGUCUGUUCAUAGUUGUAUGCUCCAACGAAACAGUUGUACGCUACAACGAAGUUCAGUUUGUUCCAAUCUUGCAGCACUUCCAAGACGUCAACGACGACGUGGCUCAUCGUCUUCCUUUCAGAUAUAUUCCAAUCAACAACUUCAACAACUACCAAUAAAUACAGAUCGUUUAUCAUUAGCAUCGGCUAUAUUAUUUCAAAAACGUUCACAUUUCGUAAACGGCAGUGAGCAGAGUAGUUUUCAAAUGGUAUCAAUUGACACUGAAUCAUCAUCGUGUUCAUCAUCAUUAACGCAUACAGGUGUACCACAUUCGAUUACAAACUCAUCUGCUUCAACAAAAAAACAUAGUAAUACGUUUAAAAAUUUAACAAAAUCGUCUGUUAGCAAUGAGCGUAAAGCUAUGCGUGUAUUAUUAGUCAUUUUCUCGGUAUUUGUGAUACUAUGGACUCCAUUUUUUAUCAUAAAUCUAUUGUCCUGUUUUAUAUCGAAUAUUCCAAAUGUUUUGUUAUCCAUGAGUACCUGGUUAGGUUAUUGUUCCAGCGGUGCUAAUCCAAUUAUUUAUACAAUAUUCAGCCGUGCAUUUCGUCGCGCAUUUUAUAACAUCUUAUUUUGUAAAAAAGUUAUUACAUCACACAAAUCACAAUUAUUUAGUCCAUCAUGUAACACAUUAAGUAUCACGCGAAAUAAUUAUAAUAACGAAAGAAAACAUUCAAAUUACAGUUAUGUUCAGGCUGGCAUCUGA